AGACUCCUCCUCCGUCAUAUCCGGUCACCUCACGUCACAGACAGCCAUGAAGAUGACAGGGGAAAACCAAAACAAUGCUGAAAUGACAGAAAUAACUAUGGAAGAUGUACAAAACCUCAUUAAAAAGAAAGAUGAAAUCGAGGAGCAGAUAAAAGCCUAUUACGACGUUUUGGAAGACCAGGGUGUCGGGGUGGAAGAUCCCCUGGUCGACGCAGAGGGCUACCCGAGAGCUGAUGUUAAUUUAUACCAGAUCAGGACAGCGAGACACAGUAUUUCAUGCCUGCAGAACGAUCACAAGGCCAUCAUGGAGGAGAUAGAGGAGGCCCUGCACAAGCUGCACGCCCUCGAGAAAGCCAAGCGGGAAGCGGACGAGGCGGGAGCCCAGGAGGAGGCGAUGGAGCAACAGGUCACUCUUCCUCCUCCCUUUGCUCGGGUGGACGCUGUGACACAGGGCUCACCCGCCUCUGGAGCUGGGCUCAGAGUUGGUGAUGAAGUCAUUGAGUUUGGUUCUGUGAACACGGCAAACUUUCACAACCUGCAGAAUAUCGCAUCUGUGGUACAACACAGCGAAGGGGUAAGUUACUGACAUACGCUACUCUCA